GAGUCUGUCUCAAUGUGAUAGGCAACAUCCUCUAUAGAAAGAGGCGCAGGGGUUUAGAUUCCUGCCGUCAGCGGCGAUCUACUUUGAUGCUGAAAGGUCAUUUACUCUUGACCGUAGACACAAAAAUAUUGCAGGAUGGAGGAAAUGCUUCUGCGAGUGUAUGUAGUAGUAGCCAGUUUGCUGUACAUAAAGGAUCACACUGUCUAUCAGGAGCAGGAGGAAAAGGUUCUCAUGGACUUGCAAGAGAGGGAGUAUUUACUGCAGAAGGAAGCAGCAAAGCUAGAGCAGGAAGCGUACCAGAUGACCACAGGGCUGCCACAUUCAAAUCAGGAAGUGUCGCAAAGUCAUGGCAGAUUGACAAAUACAGAAGGGGAGGAUUCAGGUGUCCUGGUAGAAGGUGUCCAGAAACAGAAUCUGCUGAUUAAGCACAUUCAGGAUGAAGGAGAUCCUCUUACUCAUGACAGCAUGCUACCUGAGGUACAACAUGGAGUGAACAUGGAUGAAAGUGUCCCUUUAGAAACGAAUGAAAUUAAGAAAGUUCAAGAGCACGAAGGGCACGAGAAAGACGUUCCUCACAGCGACCAAAUGAAAGACCUUCAAGGAAAAUCUUCCCAGGUAGAUCAGGUGCAAGGAACGAGCAAUCAAAUGCCAUCUGAAGACGAUGCGGUCAAGAAAAACACCGAGGAAAUAUCCACUGCCUCGAGUGAACAGUCAACAGAGAAUUCCUACAACUGGUAUUUAUGGAAAAUUAUUUCCAUUAUAUCCGUGAUUCGCCUUCUCAGGAAAUUCAUUUUCAGAGGCUCACAAAGCUCAGGAAUGAUAAAUCCCAUCAAAGACAAGACUACAUCUAGAUCUCCAACAUUCAUUCCUGACCACCAAGUACUGAACUGCUUUUAUGACCAGUGUGUACGAGUCUCUCCUGGCGCAUGUGGACGAGUAUGCGAGUUUGUUGAGGGUUUAGUGGAUGAACUUUUGGAAGCUGCAAGAGAUGCUAGCAAUGAAGAAACUGACAUGCAGAUUGGGGACUUUAUUGGUGUAGGGAGCUUAUAUGAGCUUUGGGCUACAGGCAAGACAAUUGUAUGUGAUUUGUAUGUACCCAUAACCGCACCAAGAUCACAUGGAUUUGAGGUUGAACUUUGGAAGAAGAAAGAUGCUUCAUUGUUUGGUUUGGGCAAGAUCAAAAUGGUGCAGGUUGAAAACACUUCAAAUGGUUGCCCUUGCAUGGAUGGGAACGCUGAUGACAUGUUAUGUCUUAUUCAUCCCCAUAAUGAGAAGAGUACAGUUAUGAUAAACGCCGUUGGAGGUCCACUAUGCCAAGAAAAUACACCAUACCUUUCGAAAAAACAAGUAGUGAAAUGGUUCAGGUCAGUGAUUCUAAAAACAUGGAGAGAAAUCAGCCAUAAGUAUGAAUUCGAGCUAGGAUUUCGCAGCCAGGCUGCUCCCGGGGCUUUCAGAGUUCGAUUUCGAUCAGGGCAGAUUAUUCUGUUCAAUAUUACACCUGUAGUUCAGGUCAAAGCUUCAGAAGUGUACUUACUCUCUUAUCUUUCCACUAAUCAAAACAUCCCAGACAUUCACUGGCCCAUUUCCUUUGCAAGUUAUGAAAAAGCCCUCCUACAAUACUUUAACAAAACUCUUCCUAACCAUUCAUGCCAUGUUACAUGCCUCCAAAUUCUCUCGUUUCUACACAAACAGCAAACUAGUCUAACAGGGAAAUGUGGGCUUACAAAUCACCACCUCAAAUUGACAUUGCUACAUCUCUUGAUGAACAAGCCCACAGAAUGGAAACAUGAGCAGCUAACCAGCAGACUGAUCGAUAUGCUCACAUUUCUUGAGCAGAGGCUUCAAGCAAAAGAAUUCCAUCAUGCUUUAAUUGGGAAUCCGCUUGUUCCUAAGGACAUUGGGCUUCCUAAGGAAUUUCAAACUGCAAAGCCAAUUAACAUUUUCCAGCCGAUGGUUUUGGAUCAAGAUUGUUACUUGAAAACAGUCCGACAUUUUCAGGAAUUAGUGAAAAAUGCUCCUAUCUUUAUCCAAGAGUAUGGCUCAAUAAAGAGCUCAGAUUAGAGAAAAUGAAAUGAGCAUUAAUAAAAGAAAUCGGUUUUGCAGAAGCAGUACUGCUUCCUCAAAUUGUUGUACCCAAUGCAAAAGCAAUAUUUAUAAAGCUUUUAGUCAGAAGAAUCCAUGUACAUGCCUUGCAGGCUUGUGUGUAUUUUUGUUCAUACUGUUCACCAUGGCUUUGUAUGGUUGUAAAUUUCUUUGAAUACAUUAACAGCAAUUCCACACUUCAAGUUCAUUUGAGUCCAGUUUUAUUACACAAUAUGGUAAAAAGCUCAGAAUUAUAAAGAUCAUUCAGGCAUUAAGCAGUAAUUUCAU